GCUCCGCCCCUUCCAGCCUGGCCCCGCCCCUUCCUCCCGGCCGACUCUCGGGUGGUGCCUGCGGCGCCGCCGCUGCCCUGGGCGCGGGGACGCGGCGGGUCCCUCCCCCGGAGCCGCCCAGGCGCCUCCCUCCGUCCCUCCCUGCCUCGUCGGGCCGCCGCGGUGAGUCACGACGGAGGAGGCGGCCGCUCCUCUCCGCUCCGCACGGCUCCGCUCGCCCGCGCCCACCGCCGCCCGCACCGCAGCACCGCCGGGGCCGGCCCGGCCCCGCACGCAGGGCUGUUUUCUCAUACUUCUUUCUCCAAAUCUGGCAGUUAGUUGGGAGUGAGCACGUGCAUUAUCUGAUCUUCUGUGGUUUUUAGAAGCAGGAAAUCCAGGAGCUGGCAGGAGGGGAAUGAACCGUGAGGGCGUCCCCGGAAAGAGUCCGGAGGAGAUGUACAUUCAGCAGAAAGUGAGAGUCCUACUCAUGCUGAGGAAGAUGGGAUCAAACCUGACUGCCAGUGAAGAGGAGUUCUUGCGCACGUAUGCAGGUGUAGUGAAUAGCCAACUUAGCCAGCUGCCUCAACACUCAAUUGAUCAGGGGCUUCCUGCUAUAAGUGCCCACUUGAAAGAUGAUGGAAGACUUGGAGAUGGUUCACAGGAAGGUGCUGAGGAUGUUGUGAUGGCAUUUUCCAGGUCAGAGACAGAAGAUAGAAGACAGUAAUUAUAGGACACCUGAAUGACACAGAGCUGGAGAGAACAGUGUGAUUCCUGAAGAUAGAGAAGGAUGGCUGAGCGUUAAUAAGUUCCUUUGCCCACCCUAAGUUUUCCAUAAGUUCUCCUCCUUUGUAAUUUUGCUUCCCUUUGUCCAACCCUCAGAAUGCAUCUCAAAGCCAUCUGUUCCUAUAAGUUUUUGUUACUCAACUGGGCUGUGUUAAGUAAGGACAAACCUAAAGGUGUAUUUUUGAUUGGCUCAAAGGAACAGACUGUGAUUGGCUAAAGGAAGACAAUUUUUAAACUUGACCAAUGAAAACCUUUUCUCUUACUUUAUUUUCUAUUCUAAAGUCUCUUGACAUCCUACUUCUAGAGAAGCUUUUCAUGCUGUGGUGCUUAUUUAGGUCAAGGUUGUGAAUUUGAAGAGGGUUUGAUUUGGCGGCGUGGAACUGGAAGCAAGUUGUGGUUGGUUGACAGUGCAAAUGCUUUAUCUUCAGUUGGCUUGCAGGUGUUUUGCUGACAUCAACAUUUUCAUUGCAGAAGGCUGAUGUUUUGGUGCGUUGGCUAUUACUUUAUCCUUACUGACUUGGGGAAAAAGACAAAUGUGCUUUGCAAUAUUUAUUACAUCUAUACAUGUAUACAUGCUUGCUUGCUUGUUUUUUGUUUGUUUUUGAUUGGCUUUGAAAUCAUGUUUUUCCUUCCCUCUUGUCUGCAGUGUUUCUGAUGCCAUCAGUUUUUCCAUACUCAUCUGCUCUGUGGCCUCAAGCUCUUUUGGGAGCAUGUGUUGAAAGUGUGUUUAGUUCAGUAAGCCUACCUGUUUCAGCUGGAACAUGGAGAUCACCAGCCAUUCUGUGCUUCUGUGUGGGCUGUGCUGUGAACUCCUGGUUAAUCUGGUCGUUCAGGUGGCUUCGCUCUUUGCUUCUGACAGAGGAGCUGUAGGUAUUUUGCAGGAAUUGCAAGAAUGAGAUCUAUGGCUGUGACGUGAAUUUGCCAAAUUUGUAUAGAGAAUAUGUGAACUUGUUUAAAAUACGACAUAUAGUUCCACUUUAACCUUUUAAUUGCUGCACGAGACUAGCUCUCAUACAAGGGAAAAUUAAUGAUCGUUAACUUAUGUCCAGCUUUCACCGGGCUUUAAUAAACUAAGUUCCUAGUCACUUGAAAAAUUAUAUGUGGUUUGGCUCCCUCAGACUGUUUGGUGAGAUGGAAAUUAUCUGGAUCCUGGAUAAUAGCAUUUUUCUCUAGGCACUGAUCCAAGAGGCAGCAGCACUGCGUUAGGCUGUCCAAUGGUGAGUGACAAAAGACACUCAGGUUUACUAUUUAGUAGUUGCAGGGCCUUCAGACACACACAGAUGCAUUUACAAACUUAAAAACCUGCAGUGAAAUUAGUGCACUGACUGUUCAGGGAUCUGCACAUAGACUAUCAGAAGCCUAAAAUUCCAAGCACUGCUGCCUAAAACCUAGCACUUCAUUUCCUCUGGUGUGUGCAGGUCAUUUGUACAAUACUUCCAGAUUUUCCCAUGGGUUGCACUGAUUUUAAGAUGUUUGAAAACCUAUUAAAGCAGAAAUCCAUUCAUUCACCUGUUGCUGGCUCUUUUCAUGUGGUGGUUAAUUAUUUGGAGUAACAGCUCUGGAAUCUGUGACAACGUGACCCUUUUUCAUGGCAAGAAGUUCUGACAACAGGAUGCUGUUGUGUCUCACAGUGGGGGAAGAGCUUGAAAGGAACCAUAGAAUGCGUGCAAAAGGAAGAAUGGACUUGUGAGCAUGAGGAGGGAAUUUAUCUUGAGCUAAUAAAUAUGUAAUGAGAACAACUGUACACCUAUUUAUGAAAGAAGAUCCUUCUGAUUCUGUUACAGCUUCAUAAGGUUCAAUGUGGAAGUUUCUCUUUACCCCCUGUUUGCUGGGGCUGAAUAAGAAACGAUUUCAUUAAAAUAAACCAGGAACAGG